AUGAUAAUUGACAAAGAUAAGAAAGAAGAGUUUUUUGAAAAAAUCAAGACGGGCUUUCGUGGUAUUGAGGAUUAUGCUCAAAUCUUAUGUUCAGCAUAUGGUGAAGAACUUCCACAAAAAGUUAUAAAUAAAAUCAGAGAGAAAUAUGGAGGUGAAGAAGGAAAAAAGUUUACUGAGAAGGAAAUUGUAGUUGAUAAACUCGUGCAACUUCGCAUCCCACUUUUAUUUGAAGUGAAAAGGGAAGGAGAGAUUUACAAAGUCUAUAUAAAGAAUUAUAGAGGCUAUUUCUCGUUCAUCACUGGUGGUGGUCCAGCUUGGUAUUAUGUGUUGGUUGAUAAAGAUAAGGAAGUAGCUUUUGUUGAAAAAUCAAAGACGGGCAAAAUUGUUGUCGAAGAUUAUGGAAAAGUUUUAUAUUCAGGAUGGGGUGAAGAUGCUCCAAAAGAUAUUAAAGACAAAAUGUUUAAGGAAUAUGGGGUUGCGGAUUAUGUUGAGUGGUAUAUGAUUUGA